GUCGAUCCGCUUUGGGUCAGCUGUCGGGUGCUAAAACUCAGUCCAAGGUUUUUCCGUCGCGUCAAUUAUCUAAAUAAUUAUAGUAACACCCUAAUUUAAACGGAAUAAUUCGUGACCGUUGUCGGUGUUUUACGUUUUCCUAGGGGCUGUGAGUACGGUUGUGCGUGCGUGUGUUUUUUUUUACUGCGUAGCGGGAGUAAAACAUCUCCGUAGUUUGCCAACGAACGGCAGCACAAGACGGAGACGGAGAACCAACCGUAGAUAGUGAAAGUUUACGGUGCAACUUCGCAGUCGGCAGAUUCGGCGGAAGUACUGCCGUGCUGUGGGAGGUGGUAUUGUGUUGAGUACGGCGAAGAAAUAGAAAAAAAAAACGCUUGAACAACGGUGGAAACGAGAUUUUCCAUGGCGGAAAUGGACGAUGUACCAAUGGCUGAUGCAAGUAGCACGUCCAGCACCCCUAGCGAACAGGACGACGGUGGCGUGUACCUGGAUAACAGUCCGUGGGUAUUUCUGCCGGAGCCACUGUUCAACACAAUAUUUUUGCGACUACAACCGCGCGAUUUGCUGAAUGCCAGUCAAUGUUGCAAACGCUGGCACAAGCUGUCGAUGGAUGACUACAUCUGGAAGAAAUAUUUUCAGGCCGAAUUCAAUGUCGACCCGUCGAUCCCGUUGAAACGAGGUGCAGAAUCCUGGCGCGCAGAGUACCGCCGCUUGACGAGCAACGUUCCGAUGGUCCUGACAGACAUUCUAACGAGUCAUUCACAUCAAGUACUUCACGUUAGCUUCUCGCACAAUGGUAAAAUGUUUGCCACUUGCUCGAAGGAUGGAUUUGUGAUUCUUUGGAACUCGGCGUAUCCGUCGACGAUACGCGACUCGUAUGAUAUGCGAAAACUGAGCUGGAAGUACACACAAUUUUCGCAGUUCAAUCAAAGCGACACGCUGCUACUGGUGUCCGGGGUUCACUUCGGCUCUCCGCACAGCACUUCCGGCGAGAUUGCGGUGUUUACUGUCCAAAAUGGAUUCACUUUGAAAUGCCGUGUGACGAACAGACCGUACGAUAUUUUCGGCACAUGGUUUAGCGAUCAGCAUCUGCUUUCGGGCGACAUGAGCUGGCUGGCGCAUCUGGUCAGCACGUCAAUACUUUGGCUGAACAAGGCCAAUCAAGAGGUGGACUCCGAGCACACCCCCGUACGAAAACAAAUGUACAAAUUCUACAAUCGGAACGCCAGUUCGAUACGGGCGAUCAUGAUAGCGAACUGCCCCUGGCUGAACGAUGAUAGCGGAGCUAAAAAGGAGAAUGAGGUCGGUGAGAGCUCGAGCAGUGGGCAAAAACCGACGGACGAGGACUCUAGCGAAAACGAUCGUCGAGCCGGUAAUCCACUGUCACACUACCAGAUGAAUCAAGAUGUGGACUCCGACGAAGAACCAGCGGCAGAGGCGGCUGAUGAGCAUUUACGCAAUGCACCCGCAAACGCUGCCAGUUCGCGUCAACAACCUCCCGACCAUGGAGACUACGCCGGCCCGAUACAGUAUGUGGAGGAGUUCCGGCAAGAGUACGACGACUCGUACUACGAAUCGUCGGAUGAUUGCCUGGGAGACGACGAUGACGACUGCGACGACGAGGAGCUGUCCGAGGGCGACGACGAUCUGGAGAACCUUUGCCCAAAGUAUUUGAUCUUCUCGACCGGCUCGAAAACGUACACACCGCACCAGAUUGGGUUCAAGCGCAUUACAAGUGUCAACUUUCCGCGCCGCCUCGACCCGGGUCCGUCGUUGCAGGAGCGCAUCGCUCUGCGCGAUCGGCAGCGCGAGUUGCAGGUAAUUAUGGGCGAGAUGUCACCGGAAGAAAUUCGCCUGCAGUAUAUCUUACAGAACGAAUCGCCACCGAGAGAACCGAACUGGAACAACUACGAUGAGGUGGCCGGCCGGUUUGACAAGGUGGACAAGCUGAUUGAUCUGCACGGCCACAUCAUCGGAAUGGGGCUAAGCCCGGACCAUCGCUAUCUAUACGUCAACAGUCGACCGUGGCCGAAGAACUGCGUCAUUCGCAAUCCACUGCAACCUCCGGCGAUCGCGCAGGAGAUCGACAUACACGUGAUCGAUCUGAUGACGCUGAAAAAGGUGGGCAAGAUGCUGCGUGCCCACAAGGCGUACACUCCGAAUACGGAAUGUUUCUUUAUCUUCCUGGACGUCUGUGAUAACUACGUUGCUAGCGGUGCGGAAGACAUGCACGCAUUCAUCUGGGAUCGAUAUUACGGUGUUUGUCUGGCGAAGUACCAGCACGACAAUGUGGUCAAUAGCGUUGCCUUCAACCCACGUGAUAAUGAGAUGCUUGUAACCACCAGCGAUGACUAUGAAAUUAAGAUUUGGCGAUCACUGUCCAAAGCGAAAAAACUGGGCAUUCCGCCCACCGCUCGGGCGUCCGAGUAUCGAAAGAAUAAAGUAAAUCGCCCACCUCCACAGCCACAUCAGUACGCGGGAAGAUCGUUCGUAUAAGACUUACGAAGGAAUGUAUUCAAAACCAAUGUGCCGGAUGUUGGCGCAAUAGAAGUUUUGCGCCAUCUAUUGCGAAGUAACGAGCCAAGAGUGACCACCUAUACUCUAGUCGGGGAAAAGAACGCGCAUGAACCGCGAACAAAAGGCGGUCAGCGAAUGUCAAGUUUGUUUUCUCUUUGCCAGAAAUGGUUUAAUUUUUUAUCGUUCGUUUUAGUGGAAGAUAUUUUAUUAGUUCAUAAUGUUGAAGAUGAAAUCAUAAUACCGGAGGGCGUAGUCGAACUACGCCAAUCGUAGUUUAAAAGCUAAAAACAUCACAAAAUAACGUUUGUGGUACAACCAGUGAAAAGCAAAGAAAUCACAACAGAUUACCAGAGA